AUGCAUCUCCGUUGCCCGUCGGAUGCUUACCAUCCGGGCUGUCGGCAGAAUAUGAAAAAGGGAUGUUUGCCGUCAAAGGACUUGGACAUCGCUGGCGAUCGCUCCGAAUCAGUCCGGAUGGAAAGAAAUUAUGUCUCAGCCAGCCAGGUGCAGGCCACCGGCUAUACCAUGAUCGCCUUGUCGUCGGCGGUGGUCAUUGCUCGGUUCAGUUUGAUUUUCUGGAAAUUACGGUCGCUACAGGUCGAAGAUGGUUGUAUUCUGCUGUCGUGGGCCUGCUUCCUGGCCAUGAGCAUUGCGUACAUUAUCGUCACCCCGGUUGUGUACAAAAUCGAUGCGUAUACCGAUGGCAAGAUCGGUCCUUGGGCGACCAUGCUGUCCGAUGCUCUUUUCAUGAUUAAGGUUUUCUUUGCGAACACAAUGCUAUUAUGGGCGUCGCUGUGGUCCGUCAAGCUAUCCUUUCUGUUCCUCUAUCGCCGACUCCUCCAGGACUUGCCGGGUGAGAUGAAGUGGUGGUAUGCGGUACUGUUUUUCUGCAUCGUGGACCUUUAUUGGGGCAGUUAUCUCCAACUUUACCUCAUGCCAAAGUAUGCAUGCAUGGUUCACCGUUGGGGAGUGCAGUACACACCGAGAUGCUUCGCUCUUCCAGGGUUUUAUCAAAAUACAAUGCUGAGUGAGCAAGUCAUGGUGCUGCCGUUGCGGCUGGUGGUGUCGCUGCGUCUUCCGCUGGGCCAGAAGAUUAGUGUCGCCGCCGUGUUUGCCUUGGGCACCAUCUGCGUGAUCAUGGCCGUCGUGCGAGUCAUCCAGAUUGGCACUCGCGCCAACAACGACAGCACCCCGAGCAGUUCCUGGCUGGCAUUCUGGGCUGUCAUUGUCGGCUGCCUUCCAGCUUUCGCGAUCAUCUACCGCCGCACCAAGAACACCCAUCGCUACCGAAGCAGCUAUGUCGGCAUGUCCUCGUCAGCUUACGUACCUCAAGAUGAUGUCGCCUUGUCGGAGAUUAUUACAGAUAGGGAGAACGCUGGCACGGAAGACGUAGGUUUGAAGGCUUUCAACACUACACCAGAACUACCGAUGGAAUUGUCUGGUGAGGAGUGA